CAUUCCAAGGAAGAUAAUUCCAGCGGCUCACCCGGAACUUCAUCUUCGGUUUCAAUCACCUGCUUCCGUUGUGAGGAACGCACGCCCACUACGCGUUGCCUUGAAUGCAAUGAUCUUUUUUGCCAUGAAUGUUGCCAUAAAGUAACAUCCGAUUGCCAGCUACGUGAGCACACGCUGUUACCGAUUCAUCAAAUUUCUCCUAUCGGUGCCAGACCCAAUUCUGUGACCAAUGAUAAAGAAGUUAUGUAUUGUGAACUGCAUUGUGAUCCUGUUAGAUAUUAUUGUGAAGCUUGCAUUAUAUUUAUUUGCCAGGAAUGUACAUUGUGGGUGCAUAAAGAUCAUUGUUAUUCCCCGAUAAAGGGUGCAUUAGAUAUGUGUCGUAUUGGCGUAUUUCGUGCAAUUGAGGACACGAAGACUGGGACGAAGGCAAUUAAAACGGCAAUCGACCGUGCUGUAGCUAUGUCGAAGGCAUAUGAAAAGGAAACAGCUGAAGCUAAUAUGAAAAUAAGAAAAGCGAUGCGUUGUUUCGCACAGGCUAUUGAAGAUCGCGAGAAAUAUUUGCUGGAUAAAGUUGAAAAAAUGCGUCAAGCAAAAAUGAAUGAGCUGACCGAUCAUAUGAAUACGUUGCGUGGUAUUUUAGCCGGUUUAGCUCAUACAAAUGAAACUUUAGUAAGAAGCAUGGACUCGGAAGGUAUUGAUUUGUUUAUGGCCAAAGAGAAAGGAAGAGCGCAAGUUGAUUAUUUCUCAUGUAUGUUCAAAAAUAUGUAUAUAACAGAAGAGCGUAUUAUGUUCAUACCUCCGAAUUAUGAUUUAGUCGAUCAAAUUAAAAGGCAGUGUGACGUACAAUCUGCGCCAGUAAAUGCUUUGCACUCAUUAACAUCAUCAUCAUCGCUUCAAUCCCGCCAGUCAUUACUGCAAUCUCUGCAAACAGCUCAAACUUAUCCACCUCUGACUUAUAAUAUGUCGGUAACUAACAGUCUCCGUUCUUUACCGGAUUAUACUAGCAGUCAUACGAGAUCUACAAAUUACUACGAUCAUAGCAUUUCCUCGAGUAUUUCGAUGGAUUCUAAUCCCGCCCGUGGAAUCGGACAAGCUAUCCCUGGCUAUUGGAUGUCAGUUUCAGUAAAGCCAACAAGAAGCCCUGUUCCAGGAGUUCCUAUGUUUUCUUUUGGUAGAGAGGGUCAGGAUGAAGGCCAAGUAUCUAGACCAUGGGGACUAUGUGUAGAUAGGGAGGGCAAUAUCAUUGUAGCGGAUAGAAGAAAUAACCGUAUCCAGAUAUUUAACAAUCGCGGUGAAUUUAGAACUAUGUUUGGCUCGAAAGGGACUGGACCUGGUGAGUUUGAUCUUCCAGCGGGAAUAACUACAGAUACUUACGGUCGUAUUAUCGUUAUUGACAAGGACAAUCAUAGAGUGCAGAUAUUCACAUCUUCAGGUAACUUUAUCUUGAAAUUUGGAUCGUUCGGGAAGGAAUGUGGACAGUUCCAAUAUCCUUGGGACGUUGCUGUAAAUACUUUAGGUAAUAUUGUCGUAACGGACACGCGUAAUCAUCGUAUUCAGUUAUUUACUAGUGAUGGGACGUAUAUAACUAAGUUUGUGUUCGAAGGGGCUAAUCCUGCUAAGAUGCUUAAAGGACCUACUACGCCUAGAGGUGUGUGCUUCACGACAUCCGGUAAUAUCAUAGUGUCAGAUUUUGAAAACCACCGUUUGCUUAUGGUGGAUCCGACCCUAUCGAAGGUGUUGCACUGUGUCGGCCGUGAAGGUUCCGGCAUCGGAGAACUAAAUCGCCCCUCCGGCAUAGUGACGGAUGACGACGGACGUAUUAUAGUGGCUGAUUCAAAGAAUCACCGCGUACUUGUGUUUACUUCUGAGUUGCGUAUUCUGUGGGCAGUCGAUCUCAAGAGCCCCGGCUUAGACGAUAAGGACCGACCCAGCGACGUGGCUCUCACCCCCGAGGGCUACCUCGUUGUGCUAUUCGAGACUUUGCCCGACACCGCCCGCGACAUCUCUUCCCAUGGCAAGCAAUACAUUAAGGUAUACUGACUGACUAGGUACGUAAAAGUAAAAUUACAUUGUGGACCGUAGGUCUCUUAUAUUAUUAUGAUGUAUUUUUUUGUUUUGUUUAAGUUGUGAUUGAUUUCAUAAUGUGCCAAUUUUAUUAUAUUUGUGGAAAUCCGGAUCGAGCAUAGCUUGUACGGAGAAUUAGUAUUUGUUCAUGAUUUACAAAGGUUUGCACAAAUCAAAUUCUCCUUAAAUUCUUUGAAUACUUUUGUUACCAUAUAAUUUUGAUUUCGUUUCCGUAUUCGACUAGUCUUUAAGGGCCAAACGUUGUUUGCAAUGAAGAAACAAACACACUUUUUGUGGCAGUUACAGCUUUUAUAUAUUAAAUCAUAUCCACGAAACACCAAAUCUAAUGAACAGGACAUACUUCGAUUAUAUUUUUUAUCGAACACUUUAUGCAAUGCAUAAUAAAUGAAACAAAUCGUCAAGAUUAUUAUUAUAUGAUAAAAGAUCACGAUGUGAUUUAAAAGAUGUUUUUUAUGUGAGAUAAUUUAAAAUUAGCUUGAAAAGUAUUCUUUUCCAAAAUGUUACUUUUUGCGUUCUUUUACUUGUUUAAUUAAUUGAUUAUUUCAGCCGCUAGAAUAUAGGUUUUUUUGUGAAUUAUUUUGCGUAUUAUAGAUAUGUAUUACGUUUUCUUUGCGGAUUAUAGAAGUGUGGCUGUUUGUUUUCGCCCAUUUUGAUUAUAUUAUAUUUAGUUUAUAGCUAUUUUCUCGACUGCGUUUAGACUUUUAAAACUCGGUAGGGAAGGGGUGGACAACUGAGCUAAGAAAUUAAAUGCAAUAAACUUUGAGACUGACUUUAGAAGACUGUCUUAAAGAUGAUGGCGGGGGGGUGGCGCGGUGCGGUGCGCGGGGAAGGCAUCGCUCGAUCGCGUAAUGCAAUUUUUUACCAAUAUUUUAGGUAUUACAUUAUAAAAUUCUUAUGCACACCUUAUUGCUACGUGAUUCUUUUUUAUUAUUAUUUUUUCUGAAAUUUAUUUUGUUAUCUUAUGUAAUUGGUAAAAAAAAUUCGACUGGAUUUAUGGGCUGAUUUUAUUUUUAUAUUUUAAGAACUGAUUUAAAUUGAAAGAAUUAGUUUCUAAUUUAUUAUUUUUAAAAUAAUUAUCAUAAUCUCUAAUAAUGUAAACGAACUUAGUCUCAAUGACUCGUUUAAUUAGGUAAUUGGAUAUAUGUUCGCCGGGGAAUUAAUUCUAAUGAUCACUUAUUUCAGGAGGGCAGGCAGAGGAUGCGUAUAUUGUGCUUCCCUUCCGUGCUUUUUUUCAUUAUUUGCUUUUUGUAUUUGACCAACACAGUCGCAAAAGUCACAAACAGAACAUUGUAAACUUAUUACAAUAUAAAAUAUUAUAUAUAUUUUAACACCGAUUUAAUUUUAACAGCAAAGGAAUAUAUAUAAUAAGAAUAUAUUUGCCAAAUUACAAGCACAUCCCAAUCUUGCCUGUCUUCGUGUGAUAAAACGUAGUAAUUGUUCCACGCGAAUAUUCGGUUAGUUAAAAUAUUUUAGCAAAAUUCAUCCUUCAAAAUUGAUUAUUCUAUAAAUUAACAUAAUAUAGUAUAUUUUUUAAAUCUUUCUAAGUAUAUCGAAUGUAUUCGAUUUAACAUGUGUUCAGUCUGUAUGUGUUCACUAUUUAAAUGUAGGUUAGAUUAGGGCCGGUCGGUUCCAGAACUAUCAUUGUCUAGUUAAAUUGCGUGCUGUAGGCUAAUCGUUUAAGUACCGCUUCCAAAAUAGUGUUUAAUUCUUAAUAUAAUGCACAGUAAUCCCCAAACUUAAUGACCGGGCUGAAGUUGGCACUAUUGUCAUCUUGCUCACGCAGGUAGUACUUAUUACUGUGGCGUAGGGUAUAUUUUACGUUCUACACAUGGAUUCGCGCCUAACUUCAGCCGGGCCAGAACGAUUGGAGAGUAAAGUACGUUGUUGUAAUAAUAUCGAUGUUUAGUCACUGGUUUGCCUUGUCAGCACCACAGAACUAUAGAACGUAUAUCGUAUGGAAUCCUAUUAAUCGUCCUAUGAACUUAUUCGCCUUUAGAAUCUGUAUCUUUAAUACCAAAGCUCUAUAUUAUAUAUAUAUAUCAGUGUUAAGUCACACAACCAUAUAACCGCUUCUUAGAUUAUAUAAAAUUAACAGUGAGUAGUUUGAGCUCAUUAAAAAGCAAUGUCUCCCAUAUUCAAGCAUAAUGUUAGGUAAAUUUAAUGUUAGAAUAACAUUUUUCACGUUUUGUACUUAGGUUAGGUUAGGUUAGGUUAUGAUGCCGUUUCGACAUAACUUCAAGCAAAGAUUCACUAUGGAGUAUGCGGGUCAUCUAGUGAUGACUAUUUUAGCAAUAGAUUAUAAAGUAUGGCUUGAUAUAGUGGAAAUUGUUGUUUGAAGUGAAAUAAGUACUGAGAGACUAACGCUCUAUUAACGUAUUUCGGAUAUUGUUGUCUUUGUUUUGCGUCCCAUAUUGAUAUGGUUCUGUGGGGUACUUUAUUUGACAAAGAAAUCUCUUAAAUUGGACAGAUGUUAUUGGAUAGCAGUAAUUUAAUUCACAGUAUUAUAUCUGGUAAUCAGUAAUAUAAAUGAUGUUAAUCGUAAAUUUAUUACCGCUAUGUAAUUUUGGAUUAAUUGGUAAGAUUGGAAAAUAAUCAAGAAUAUUCGAUACAUGACAGCUAAAAUUUUUAAACUACCUUUGUAUUAAGUAAGACAAAGACAACAAAUAGAUAAUAAAAAUCAACAUGCAGUAGGUUGCGUCUUUUACGGUCAAUUAAGGAAAUUCCGCUAAAAGAAUAGUUUUAUACUAAUUUUUAUUUCAUAUCAUAAAUAAUUAAAGUGAAUAUUACUUAAUUUUUUUGUUCAGUGCCAUUAUAAAAAGUAUUAUGUUAUUUUUAAAAUAAUAUGUUGCAUGAAAUGCAUUUUUUUAUAUUAUUGAAAGUUUUACAAAAUUAUAAACUCGAAGUCAGAUCGAUAGUUAUUUUUGUAUUGACGACUGAAUCUCGGUAUUUUAGACAGUGAUUUACAAUUUUGCAUAAACAUAAUUAAAAGGGGUUUGCCAAGCAAACUCAACUAAAUAUUUUGCUAAUAACUUCAUGGUAUUGAAUGUAGAUUUUUCAACUUGCAACAAAACUUAUUCUUAAUUUCUGGUCACGUAACAGAAUCCAAACCACUGAGUAUUAAAAUAUACCCAUUAAACAACACACACUACAAUUUGUAAAUUAUUUUGAAGUAAUCGUAAGUCUGCUAUAUUAAUACUGGUAUCACUUUACAUGCAAUACGUUCGGUCGUUGCAUUCUGUUAUCGAAUCAGACGAAGAGAAUCUAAUUCUAAAUAGUAAGUCUUGAAAAUGACUGCUUAAUGUUACUAGUAAAUAUAAUUUUUAAACUUUCAUAUGAUUUUGUCAUUAGUUAUGUUUAGAUUUAUUUUGUUAACACUUUUCGUGAAGGGAAUGGCCGGCGAUGUCUGGAGCAGAUUUGAUCGAGUUCUACUUUUAAAUAAACUCAAUUUGUGAAAUAAAUCUGUUUCACGUUCUCGCCUCCCAUUAACAUGACCACUUUGUAAAAGUGAACCAAAUUUUGAAGCGCAUAAUAUUUUGAUGUAAUCACCCAAGUCAGAGAUUUGAUCGCGAAACGAUGUGAAAUGUGACAGCUGCUAGUUACUAGCAGUAUAAAUGUGGUUUUGUGAUAGAUACAAUAAAAUUGAGAACUUAUUCGAAGCGUGAUGGUAAUUUUUCUACGAAGUUUUUCGCCGUUUGAAAUUUUUAUCAAACGCCAAAGGAACGUAAUGUGGUUUCCUUAUAAAACGGUGUUGUGGUAAGACGCAAUACGAUAACUGCAUGAGUAAUGUACAAUCGUAUGAGAUUCUAGCGGAUUGUAUUGAGCCAUUAUAUUUGUGCUAUUUUUAAUGUUAACUAGGCUUGCGUUGUGUUAGUCUUAGUGCAAGCUCAGCCAUCCAUCUCUCCUUUCCUACGUUAAUGACAUAAUAUAAUCGAACAUUUAUCGUAGUUAAUAUAAACGUAUUCAAAAUACUCCUUCAUAGCGCGUAGUGUGUGGAUAGGCUUACGAUGAAAUCUUAGUAAAAAUAGCAGAAUAAUAAUAUUGAAGGGGAGAUGAAUGUCGACGAGUUUCUAUUUAGUGUACACGUAAGUAGUAUUUUUGUAUUCGUUCCUCGAUUGGGCCGGUCAUUAUGUCUGGUCUGCGGGGAAGAUCACGUGUCAAAGUCAUUUGUGAUACGUCAGCCAACUGAGUAUCUGAGUAUGUCGAGACGGAAAAUGAUGUGACUCGGUACGUAAGAACCAUCAUACAUAUACUCUCGAAACGUAACAAGAAUGACUAGACGCGUGUAUAGUUAUGUUAGACCGAACCUACCUCACUUGCAAAAGCAUAAAGACUGAUAUGAAUUAAUGUGUCGGUGGUCAGAUCACUGCAUUAGAAGUCUGUUGUCUACUAGAUUAAGCAGAAUUCUUACUCGUAAUUACUUCACUUAAAUUAAGCGUCCAAUAAUCGAGGCAAAAUUUUUGUUGAAACGAAGUCGACAACAGUCUUUUUCUUUUAUAAUUAUGUAUAUCUUACGUUACUCUCCUGUAAUAUUGUUGAAAGAAGACUGAUAUUUUAUAAAUGUUCCUAUAUUUUAAUUUAGAAUAAUUUACUGCCUACCAUAUUUCAUUUAUUUUUUAACCCUUCGGUAAUGAACGUUACUUUGACUCUUGUAAUCUUAUCAAUUGUGCAUGACGCUAUAUUAUGUCAUGGAUUUUUUGAAAAUUUUAAUGCAAUUUUGUAUGAAAAUUAAUCAAGUGAUUGAUAAAUAA